CGGAGAAGCGGCCCGCGGCUCCUGAGGGAGCGCCACCCCCGCCAUGUACGCGGCCUCUUCUUCCGCGCCGCCGCCCCAGCCGCCGCCGCCCCAGCCGCCCGCCCGGCGGGACUUCAUCUCGGUGACGCUCGGCCCCACCGGCUUCGAGGCGCUGGGCGGCGGCUACAACAACAGCAAGGCUUGGCGGAGGCGCUCCUGCCUGCGGAAAUGGAAGCAGCUGUCCCGUCUCCAGCGGAGCGUGAUCCUCUUCAUAUUUGCCUUCCUGGCCGUCUGUGGAGUCAUCACGUACGCAAACACGGCCGACGUCUGGAAAAGCACGCCCAUCGGACCUUUGGAGGAGCAGAAGGCCGACCUGGAGAUCCCCGGGUUGAAGCCGGCCAAUCAGGCCAUCCUCCCCAUACCCCAGAAAGCCAGCCUUGGAGAGCCCUCGCUUCAAAAACCUCCGAAACAACUUCCUGCCCGACGAGGGUCCCCUAACCUGCAGAUAAGAUCGCCUCGGAGGGACACGAAGGAGAGGCCACCAGGAGCGGCCGAUGCCGAGGGAGACGCCGGCCGGCCUGACGCGGAACUCAAAACAGAGAAGCCUGUCAUUAGCUGGAGAGGAGCUGUGAUAGAGCCGGAGCAGAGCACGGAGCUGCCCUCCAACAGAGGGAAGGAGCUAGACAAGCCCUCGCCUGUGGACUUUGGAGACCAAAAGGAACCAGUUCCCCUCAACGAGCGCCAGCUGGCAGUGAUCGAGGCCUUCCGCCACGCGUGGAAGGGCUACAAGGAGUCUGCCUGGGGCCACGACGAGCUGAAGCCCAUUUCCAAGUCGUACAGUGAAUGGUUCGGCCUCGGACUGACGCUCAUCGACGCACUGGAUACCAUGUGGAUUUUGGGCCUGAAGGAAGAGUUUGAAGAAGCGCGGCAGUGGGUCUCCACCGAACUCAACUUUGACAAGAACGUGGAUGUCAACCUGUUUGAGAGCGCCAUUCGGAUCCUGGGAGGCCUGCUGAGCACCUACCACCUCUCAGGGGACAGCCUCUUCCUGGAGAAAGCGAAAGAUAUCGGGAGCAGGCUUAUGCCGGCCUUCAAUACCCCUUCCAAGAUUCCAUUUUCGGAUGUCAACAUCGGCCGGGGCACAGCCCACCCUCCUCGGUGGACGUCCGACAGCACGGUGGCUGAAGUGACCAGCAUCCAGCUGGAGUUCCGGGAGCUCUCGCGCCUCACCGGGGAAGAGAAAUUUCAGAACGCCGUGGACGGGGUGAUGCAGCUCGUGCACUCCCUCGCCGGCAAGCACGACGGCCUGGUGCCCAUGUUCAUCAACACCAACAGCGGGCAGUUCACCCACCUGGGCGUCUACACGCUCGGGGCCCGUGCGGACAGCUACUACGAGUACCUGCUCAAGCAGUGGAUCCAGGGGGGAAAGAAGGAAAACGACCUCCUGGAGGAUUACGUGAAGGGCAUCGAGGGCGUGAAGAUGCACCUGCUCCGGAAGUCCCAGCCGAGGCGACUGACGUUUGUGGGAGAGCUCGCUCAUGGCCGCUUCAGUGCCAAAAUGGACCACCUGGUCUGCUUCCUGCCCGGCGCACUGGCUCUCGGCGCGCACAACGGGCUGCCCGCAGACCACAUGAGCCUGGCGGUUGAGCUGGCGGAAACCUGCUACCAGAUGUACCGGCAGGUGGAGACAGGCCUGAGCCCGGAGAUCGUCCACUUCAACAUGCACGCGCAGAAGAACCGGAAGGAUGUGGAGAUCAAGGCUGCAGACAGACACAAUCUCUUGCGCCCGGAAACUGUGGAGAGCUUUUUCUACCUGUAUCGCUUCACUGGUGACAAGAAGUACCAAGACUGGGGCUGGGAAAUCUUGCAGAGCUUCAAUAAAUACACACGGGUCCCUACAGGUGGCUACACAUCCAUCAACAACGUCCAGAAUCCCAGCAAUCCGGAGCCAAGGGACAAGAUGGAGAGCUUCUUCCUUGGGGAAACGCUCAAGUACCUUUUCUUGCUCUUCUCGGACGACGUGAACUUGCUAAACCUGGACAAGUAUGUCUUCAACACAGAGGCUCACCCCCUUCCAAUCUGGCCGUCGGCGUAAAGCAGAGCCGGGCGCCCGUCGGUCCCGGUUCCAGGCGUGUCCUGACUUGUGGGGGUCUGAGGGAGGUGUGCAAAACGCUUGUUUCUUGCUGGAGGGCUUGUCGGGAAAAAGGCCCAGGCGACGGAGGGAGAAUGACUGACCUGGAUCCAACCACCCCCCUGUGUCCCCUCUCCUCUCCACCAAGACAUGGACACAUUGCAGGGUUGUGCUUGGUGCUGACGAAAUUUGAGGAGGAGCAGGGCUCACGUUUUGCCGUCGAGGGCUGCCAAGGUGUAGGUUUGCCUUGGCGAGGAGGUUCCCGGCACGGCGAGAGGAAGCUCCUUCGCGAAUGCCGAGAAAUCCCGGCAUUUCAGCAUCGUUCUGUGCUGUGAUCCCAUGCCAUGUCUGCACAGGAACGGCAGGAAAAGCAGGAAAUGGGGCCCCUGCCCCAGACUCCGCAAGCAGGGUGUCAGCGCGACACCGAUUCUCCAGUGUCAUUCCGAUGCAGGAGCUUGUCCUCCUGGCAGAUCAAAACUGAACCUUACCCUUUUGCAAUGCGUCGUACGAGGGCGCUCUGUUUCGAGAAGCGUUCCGAUUACGCUCACAGAGUUCGCCCCCCCACUGUGAAUCUCCGAGGGGCUGAGUGCAGGCGGCUUGCUGGGCGGGGGAGCCGUGUAGAUACCGGCACUGCGGUGUGUAAUUUCUUCUCUGCAGAAAUGCAGGAAACAAUGUGAAGAGAGAAAUGGGUCUUUAAAAAGAAGGGUUGUUGACACAGGAAAGGGUGUGCGUGUGUGUUUUGGCUCAGGUAUCCUGACUGAAAGCUGCUUCCCAAGGCUACAGGGGACCUGAGCAGCUUCCUUGUCUGGACUGGGAGCUGUGCCUGAAACGGAGGGGUUGCUGUCCUUGCGUUGCAGUGCGUUGGCUCGGUCGGGCUUUGCUUUCGAGUUGGAGUCUGGCGUUACCUUGAGGGGAUGGGCAGAGGAGCCUGGAAUCGGGAGUCCAUGGCAUCCUUGGGGGUGGGAUUUGCCCCAGGGAGAGCUGGAUGACGAUAGCUGCACUUCUUAGGAGAUGAACGAGUGUGGAGGGCAGGCUGACCCUCCUGACUACCUCUUGCUUGCUUGGCCGUCUGGAAGCGAACGUAAACCUGGAGCAGAUUUGUGGAAGCACCGCUGGCGCUUAAAACACUAGCCAAGGAGGAACGAACCCACGGAAGGGGCACGUCACGGCAUGUGUCACAAGACGGAGGGGCCUCGAAAGGGCUUCUUAAGGGAAAGCCCAGUCGGAGGACGGCAGGAGUCUCCGGGGGCACGGUGGCUGCGUGGCGGUGCUCCUGCGCGAGGAAGAGGCUUGCAGGCUGGGGCUUGCUGCCCACCCCCGGGGUCGGCCGGGUGCUCGGAAGGCUCGAGCGGCCUGCGGCUGCCAGUGAAGGAGGGUCCUUUCUCCCCAGCGUGUCUUUGGCCUCUUGUGCUGCAGCUGCACGUGGAUUUCAUGCAUGUACUUUUGGAGCGUCUGUGCAGCUGCUCUUCCUUCUUUUUGGUUUUGCUAAUGCUUGUGCAGUUUCCUGCCUUCCUUCCUCACCAUCAUUUCACAGGGGGAAUCUUAUUUUGCGGUUGGGAGAGGGCGCACGGGACCGCCCUUCCUGGGUUUGGGGCAGGCAUGCUGCUCGCCCCUUUUGGAUCAGCCCAUGUCCUUCACACGUGCCAGGCAGCUCGGUCUGCCAAGCGCUACGGUUGGCACGCCUCCUUUGAAUGAUGCGGGUGGGGGCGGCCUGUGGGCCAGAAUCGUCCCGCGCCUGGCCUAGAGCUGCAUGAGAGCGCACCGCUCUGGCCGGUGUGGUUUUCCCGCUGGCUCCCGUUCCUGCCAGGCCCUUGUCGUCUUCUGUGUGCAUCUGCAGGCGGCGAGAAUGGCUUGGAGCACGUCUUCCGUGAGCUUGCCGACAACGGCAACUGCAAGCGAUCCAAAAAGCGGCCUGUUAGAGAGGGUGAGGUCUUGGAUGCGGCCUUACCAGCUGGGACGGCACCGUGGCCGAGAAUCAGAACCACGGGCCUGGAACGCCACAGCCCAAGCCCCACAGACCUGCCGGGGGGCAGCUACUCUCCUGCAGCAAGCCUUCCUCUGCUCUCGAGAGGGUGCAGCGACGAGCAUGCUGGGCCCACCUGGCAGAAUUGUCGUUAGGGUUCUGGGAGUGCAAUACAGAGUUUUGCCCGCUCAAGACACAAUACAAAGGCUAACAAUGAUUUAUGUCCAGUCUCCUGCUGGAACCACGUAAGUGCACCCUGGAAUUUAAAAGCCAUACGCGAAAGCCCCAGUUCUGGGAAUCCGACACUUUACUCUGUACCAGUCAGUGCCUUCUGUAUAUGAAGCAGGAGGCAGGCAGGGGGUUCGUGGAGCUGGAAAGGGCGGGCUUCCACUUCCGGGAAAGCCAUCCCCGCACGCCCGAGUCCUUGGGCUACUGGGUACCCUGGGUGCAGAAUCCUGGCUCCUGCCCAGUGGCAAAUAGAUGAAUGGCCCACAUUUGUGGAAAGAGGCUUUUGGUGGUGCAGAAUCCGGACUUCCCGCUCCCUUCAGCUGUGUCAGUGUAGUGAAAACUGGGCGUUCUCUCCACAAAGGCCAAGCCCUCGCCGUCCUCUUUGCUUGCGUGGCUUUUCUCUCUCUUUUUGUAAAGGAAGAGAAGUUCACGGCUCACCGCUUCCAGAAAGGCGCUCUUCUCGCUAGCUUCCUCACUUUGCAUUGCAAAGCAUGCAGACAUUCCUCGUCGUCGUGUGUGCGGUUGUUUCUGGGCCGCUGCAGAGUGGCGCCAAAGAACUUCCUUUUAAUGCUGCUUGUGAACACUGAUGUUUUCCUGCCACGUCUUAAGAGGGGAAGGGAGUCUUGUCUUCUGUUAGAGGAUGGCAUGAACGCGCAACCGGGAACCAUGUGGCGACUUGCUGCAAACCAGUGGCCACAAUUUACAACUGCCCGACCUCACGUCUGCCCUUGCCCUCUGCUGAGGGGAGCCUGCUGUGCGCCCCCAAAGCUCUGCCCCCCCACCCCCCCAUCCUGCCCCCUUUUACCCUGAAAAAUGCUCGUUUCUGAAGCCUGGUUGGUGUGUUCCUUGUUCUCCCUUAAGGGAAAAAUCAAUCCCUCACUGAAUGUGCAAAAGACUGUGUGUGUGCUCCAAUUUUUCAAGAGGCAGAAAAGAUUAUCUUAAAAAUCCAAUCCCUCUCUUGUAUUAGGUGGAAGCUGAUCUGCAGAAUUCUAUUCCACUUUAAUAAACUUGUAAUUUAUUUUGA